AUGGAAUCUUUGCGCGGAAGUCAUUCACUCUCAGUUCCGAAAACGGAAACCAAGUCGCCGAUCGACGAAAUGCAAAGCCUUCAAUUUGAUAUCGAAGCUGAGAAUCGAGUUCUGAUGGAGUUGUUGAAGAGGAGAGAUGAUGAGAUACAGGAAAUACAACGAAUGAGUGAUUCUUCAGCAACAAAAGAACACCGCGAAACGAUCAAAGCUUUGGAAAACGAAGUGCUCAGGCUGAAAACCGAGAACGAACAGCAGAAGCAAUCACUGAAUGAGAUGACUUCGGAACUAAUGGCGAAUCAUGUGACCGGAUACAUGCCCGACAUUUUGGACAGCAAA